ACCCUCUAACAAGCGGCGGAAACCGAAAUAACGUGCCUGUUUUGUUUCACAAUCGUUCAGUAACUUGGUAUGUUGUUAUGGCGUUCGCCAAAGAUUAUACGGAAGAAAUAACCAUGGGCUACUAUUGUUUCAAUUUGGCCUUUGCAAUGGCCUUUUUCAUAUUUGGAACCAUCUAUUUGAGGCACAGAGACAAAAGGGACCAGCAAAGGAGGGAAUGGCGCCAAUUUGCGGAAAGAAUUUACGGCGAGUACAGCAAACUGAAAGAUAAAGAUAUCCCUCGGAGGAUUUCAAAGGUGAAGGACACUUUCGACAAGAUUCAGAUGAACUCAGCAACUACUGGCCUGGAUGUGUUAAGGUACAUGCUUGCAGAAGGUAACUACGAGCGCUCCAAGACCACCCAGUUGGAAUGUCUUCGCGAAGACCUACAGUCCAUAUUUCCGUUGUUCAAUGUUUGCUCUUCGUUGCUUCUCUUGGGAAAAGUUCCAAAAAAUAUCAAAGAAGAGCUGACAGAUGUGAUCAGUGACCUAGGCAAGAUGGCAGUACAUUUCUUUAAAGGAAAGCAGCGCAAAAUCAUUUUGAAAUGUCUUGAACAUUUCUCGAAUGAUAGACCGCAGCACGAAACUGAAAGGAGAAUAAGGGAGCUGGACGACAACCUUGAAGCAACUGUUCCAUAUGCGAAAAGCUGCCUAAUAUUUGGCACCUCGGAAGGCAGCUUACCAGGGCAGCUGUAUGUUUUACCUGGGUCGUUCGGUUUGGCUGGGUUCCACCACAGCGGAAGAACAACAAUGGAACUCGAGAACAGACGUGAUUAUAGCAAGUGCAGUAAUUUUUCACUCUACAUAAAAGAAAACAACCCACAAAGAAGUGGUUUAAUAUCCUUGCGGGGCCUUCACAAGGACCUGGAAGAUCCAAGGUAUCUAGCAGAUUUUGCCAGAGAAUUACGAAAGAAACAGCCUGUACCACGUCUAAACUUGAUUGAAGAGAUCACCCAUCUUGACACAGAUAAACGUGUUGUUGAGAAAGUGUUGCACGAGGUACGUGUUUACAUCCACCUGUUACUAAAUGGAAGUCAACAGCAAGAACAAAUUAGAGUUAACGUGACAAGGCUGUGCGAGGUAAAGGAAGAAAUAACAAAGGUUAGGCCGACUGAGGCUGUAGUUAAAGGAAUUUGUGAACGAUUUAUAGAAGAUCUUGCAAGAAUUCAGACAAGCCAAUAUCACUGUAACAGUGAAGAGUUCUGUGGGAAAUUAAACCAAUUAUGGUGUAAGAUGCAGGAAAUUCAAAUUAUACCGUGGACCCAGUCAAGAGACCAUCUUUCAUGUCCUCAGUUAAACUUGAUUUCCAUUCCUCUGGGAGUGCAUCCUAAUCUGUAUAUCAACAAACAAGGAAGCACGCGCACGUCAUGAGGCUGGAGAUCAAGACCAGUCCCAAGUAAGCUAAUUUUGAUAUAUCAAAAUAAUGGUCAGUGUAAAACGCAGACUGCAGAUCGGGAGUAAAAUUCAGUCUGAGGGUAAAAUGCAGACUGCAGACUGCAGACUACAGACUUUUUGAGUAUAUAUUGUGUUACUUCCAUUAUUGAGUGUUAACCGUAAACAGGGUUAUCCAGGCUAAUCAUGACGUAGUGAAAGUUUGCACUCCGGUUAGCCUGAAUAUCACUCAGGUUAGCCUGAAUAACGUUGUGAUUAGCCUGUUUACG